AUGAGCCGGCCUCCAGCAACAUCACGCAAGCUCAGGCGUGUGCUGGUGCUACUGGCGCUGUUCUUGACGUGUCAGCCAGAGCCUAAGACCGGCGCUUUGAACAGUGUCAGAGGUGUUCGCGAGCAGUUCAGGCAAGCAACGCAGACGGCGCGGGCUUUGCUUGGAGCGGGGGCCGUGCCGUUUUCAAGGUCGGUUCCUGCAGGAAUAUGGGCACGCAGCUUGCUCGUUGCACGCAGGGCUGAGGCUGAUGGCACUUUGGAUGGUGGUGAGGCCGAAGACAACGAAGAGAAAAGGGUUUGUCGUCAGCACAUGUCUUUUCGGGUCAGUCCAUGUUUGGAGGCUUCCUCAGCAAAGUAUGAGGUGGAAGAGGUGGAAGAGGCGACGACCCAGGCCAAAGCAGGCUUCGAUCAGGCCCAGUGGCUGCAAAAAACAGCUGAGCAGAUCCGGCAGUUUGGCGUGGACGAGGUCAGUUCUUGGGUCCGGGCGGCCUUGGAAACGGAGAACUACGGCGACAAGGGGCAGAGCAUUGCCGAGAUUUUGAAGCAGAACGACGUGAGGGGCACCGCGCUCCUGGAGUUGACUGCGGAGAAGAUGCGAACGGUUGGCAUUCUCAUGGGCCCCGCUGAAGUCCUGGCCAAGCGCAUCGCUGCUGUUUCUGCCCCGCCGACGGCCGCAAGCGGAUUCCAGGCCGGGGGCUUGAACAGAGCUGGCUCGUCACAUCAUGGGUUUUGUUGGUUUCGUGCCUUUCGUGUCAGACCGGAAUCUCAUAGGAUCCCCUCUUCGUUGAGCUGUCCCCACACUGCCUUCUCGGUUUGUUCUUGGCGUCUUCAGUGCACGGACGAUCCGGCUUGA